CUGUUUUUAUGUGUUUUCUCCAGGCCGUUAGGGGGCGCAUGUUUGCAAAGUUCGCUAAAUUGAGCCAGUUAAUAAGUAGAAGAAGAAGUGUUACAGGAAGCCAUCUUUCUUUACAUGAGUCAAGAAAUGAACAUGGUGUAUUUCUCAUCUGCACCCAUCCAAUCCUUUCCAUCCCUUUGAGUGGCAAUAUGAUUUCACACUUUUUUCGCAUUAAAUCCGUUCAAAUACAACACACGGCUGUUCCUUGGAGGAAGUGAUGCAAGAAAGAGUUUAGCUGGCUGUGAAUCUCAAUAUAGGACCCGCGGUCACAUUGGGUGCAACAGUACAGUGAAAUCAUAGCACUCUGCGAGGGACUACGGGUAGACGCUCUACUACUCAACCAUGGAAAAAUCAGAAGCUAAAGGUCGAAACGAUGAAGAGACAAAUUCAACCCACUCAGCAAAGUUUUCAAGGUCUUCAGGAAAACUGACUGUUAGAUCAGUAGCAACAGGCUCCAGCAGGUCAUCAGCAUCAUCGCGAGCAAGUAUGGCGGCAGCACGAGCACAAGCAGAAGCUCAAGCAGCGAAGGCCAGAUUAGCCUACGCUGAAAAGGAAAUGACAAUCAAAGUAGAAAAAGCCCGUCUAGAAGCAACUCUCGACGUAAUCAAUCUCCAAAAGGAAGCUGAUGCAGCCAUGGCUAAAGCUGAGGUAAUGGAGUCAGCAGCAGCUCAAUUUGACACAGCUGAUGCAGGACAAGAAUUGAGAUUUCUGCCCCUACAAACUACUCCAGAGCAAAAGGUGAGUGAAUACAUAAAUAAACAUAGUUACACUGACCUGGCUGAGGAUAAUAGAGAAACAUUUCAAUAUGAUGACGACACCUAUCAGAACGCAGAAUGCAAACAGCCAAUAGUGUAUACACCUUUUUUCCUAAAACAAGAACCAAUGCAAUACACGUUUGCACCUCAAGAUGCCAAACGACCAUCAAAAAGAGAUGUAAUUCCACAAACCCUCCACAAUGUGUUACAACCACAGCAGGAACAAAACCAAAAUAAAACUGCUGACACCACAACAAGUGACCUUGCCAGAUUUCUAGCUAGAAGUCAACUAUUGACUGGAGGACUGUCUAAAUUUGAUGAUAAGCCAGAAACCUACCUAAGCUGGAAAGCCACAUUCCAGAGUACCAUCAGGGACCUUGGUCUUACAGCCAGUGAGGAAAUGAAUCUACUGAUUAAGUGGCUAGGCACCGAGUCUUCUGAACACGCUAAGAGACUAAAAGCAGUUAACAUAAAGAAUCCACCUGCUGGUUUGUACAUGAUAUGGCAAAGACUAGAAGAGUGUUAUGGCUCUCCAGAAGCAUUAGAAAACUCUCUACGCAAACUCCCUGACAACCGUUCAUACGCCCACCAGCGGCUCAUGUCUCUACGACGCACACUUGACAAGAAACCCGAAAUGAAGACGCACUUCGUGGAAUUCAUGCAGAAAAUGUUAGACAACCAACAUGCAGAGCUUGCACCGCCUCGCAGCAAAGACAAAGAAGCCUGGUAUCUCCCAAUAUUUGGUGUAUACCAUCCGCAAAAGCCAGGAAAGAUACGCGUGGUGUUUGAUUCAAGCGCGCAGUUUAAUGGAGUGUCCCUCAACGACAUACUGCUUUCUGGCCCAGACCUAAACAACACACUUUUAGGUGUGCUGCUUCGCUUCAGAAAAGAGCCGGUCGCCAUCACAGCUGACAUUGAACAAAUGUUCUAUUGCUUUGUAGUCCAGGAAGAUCACAGAGAUUACCUUCGCUUCCUGUGGUACGAAGAUAAUGACCUUACCAAAGCAGUAAUGGACUAUCAGAUGAGGGUUCACGUCUUUGGUAACAGUCCCUCCCCGGCAGUGGCGAUCUACGGGCUGAGGAUGGCAGCAAGGGAGGCAGAAAGCGAAUAUGGAACUGAUGCACGAAACUUCAUAGAGCAAGACUUCUACGUCGACGACGCAUUAAAGUCUUUCCCAACUGAGGCUGAAGCCAUUGAUGUCCUACAAAGAGCCCAGAAAAUGCUCGCCCUCUCCAAUCUGCGUCUGCACAAGAUUGCUUCCAACAAAGUGCAAGUGAGCUCACCAUUCCUCGACUAG